AUGGUAGUCAAUAGAUCCGGUUCAAUCUUUCUCGUCUUACUUUUGUUGUCGAGCGUCGCGGCAAUCGUCAGCGGCCAAAAUGAUACUGUGGAAUUAGAAGACGAGUACUGGAAACAAAGAGCAGCCGACGCCAUGAGAAUUGCCAAUGCUUCUGUUCAUCCCGAUCCCGAGAACGUUACAGAGGAGUUCAAUGCCAAAGUACACGAGCAUAUCAUGGGGCAAAAUAGGACGAGAAGGACCUUGAGAGGCUUCAAGAGAUAUGAAGGCCCCUGCAGGGCCACCAACCCAAUCGACGCAUGCUGGCGGUGCGACCCUGAAUGGGCCGACAACCGCCAGAAACUCGUCGAUUGCUCUAUGGGUUUCGGAAAAAAGACUACCGGUGGCAAGGGUGGGCCGAUUUACGUCGUCACUGAUGGCUCAGAUGACGAUAUCGUAAACCCUAAAGAAGGGACCCUCCGCUACGCGGUGACACGGAAACGUCCUCUCUGGAUAAUCUUUGCCCAUAGCAUGGUGAUUAGGCUGCAACAGGAGCUAAUGGUGACAUGUGACAAGACCAUCGAUGGUAGAGGAGCCAACAUUGUGAUUGCCUAUGGUGGUGGCAUAACUCUCCAAUAUGUGAAUAAUGUCAUCAUUACCAACAUUAAAGUUAAGGACAUUCAGUCCUUACCAGGUGGUAUGCUCAGGGACGCCGAAGACCAUGUUGGUCUGAGGACCAGGAGCGAUGGUGAUGGCAUCUCCCUCUUCAGCGCUUCCAACAUCUGGAUCGACCACGUUUCCAUGGCGAGGACCGCCGACGGACUCAUCGACUGCAUCAUGGGUUCUACCGCUGUGACCAUCUCCAAUGGCCACUUCACUGACCACAACGAGGCGAUGUUGUUCGGGGCAAAAAAUACCCACACCCAAGACAAGAACAUGCAAAUAACGCUCGCCUUCAACCACUUCGGGCAGGGAUUGGUUCAGAGAAUGCCAAGGUGCAGAUUUGGAUUCUUCCAUGUUGUGAACAAUGACUACACACAGUGGAUAAUGUAUGCUAUUGGUGGUAACAUGAACCCUACCAUCAUCAGCCAGGGUAACAGGUUCAUUGCUCCUGAAAGCCAUGUCGCAAAAGAGGUGACCAAGAGGGAGUACACAGACGAAUCGGAAUGGAAGAACUGGAACUGGAGAUCCGAGGGAGACGUGAUGGAGAAUGGAGCAUUCUUCGUUGAGUCUGGCAACCCUAACUGUGCGAAAUCAACGAACAUAGAAAUGAUGCCGUUUAAGCCCGGGAAGUUGGCGCCGCAACUGACCAGCUUUGCCGGCGCUCUAGAGUGCUUUGUUGGCCGACCAUGCUAG